AUGUCUCGAUACAACGAAUUUCGUCGCUCCACUGGAGUGCUCGAGACAGAGCCUGACCGCUGGGAUCCGGAUCGUUUUGCUCGUGAGCGACGGGAACGCCAUCAUUCCCGUGGCCCGCCAGUUCUCGAUCGACCCCGCCGGGUAGAGGAUGAACGAUUUGAAUAUCGCCUACAGGAACAUGACCGGUACGGCCCUCCUGCACGUCGCGCCGGCAGGCAGUAUGAGGACGACCACCUCAUUCACCCGUCCGGACCGCUGGUGGCCUAUGACCAUUCACGCGCCGACAGCCCUCCUCCCCGUCCCCGUCUCCUACGACGGCAAUCUUCCUUAGAUACGUUCGACCGAACCCCCUCGCGCAAGUUAGAUGAGUACUACUAUCGCCCGGCCGCCACAAGGGCUGCCCCCAGCCCUCCACCGGUGCGGAGACGAUCCUUUCGACGCUCGCGCGAGCCAGACUACUACGAGGAGAUCCGCAUCGCAGAACCGGAUUAUUACGGUGACGAGGAGUAUCGCGGUUUCCGGGAACGAAGUCGCGCUUCAGCGCACCCACGUCGGUCGGGCAGUCAUUUCCGCGAGCGCGUAGUUGAAGAGAAGGUUGAAAUUGACAAACCGUAUCCUCGUAAAGGCAAGACCAGGGUCCCCCGAAAGCUAAUUCAUACCCAUGCAAUUCAUGAGCUUGGAUACCCUUAUGAGGAAGAGGGUGACAUGGUCAUUAUCAAACUUGCGCUUUCCAAGGAACAAAUUGACGAAGUGAUCAGUCGAAGUCGCACGAUCAAGCGCCGAACUGAAACUCGGAUCAUCCACACCUCGCCGUCCCCCGUACGGGAAAAGACAAAAGACAGGACAGUAGAACGAGUCGCCAUGGAGGCCUAUUCGCCCCGGACGAGCUACAACACCCUGAUUGUUGAGCCGUCGCCCUCGCGGCACCGAUCACGAACGCGUCAAUACGAUAUCUCGGAGCGGAAAGUGACGAGAGCUGUCUCCCGUGCGCGGUCGAUUUCGGUCCAUGGUCGCCGCCGUGGUCGGUCAUCACCCGUGCGCAUGGUCGAGCCCUUUGAGUCCAGCAGCUCUCAUGCAGGCCCGCUCAUCGUAGUGCGUCCCCGAGACAGCGACGAAGAUAUCCGUGAAUACAUGCCAUUGGCGCGACGAAGCGGUGAAGUGACUCGGAAAACGGAGUUGCUGACCGAUGGCGACUAUGAAGAGGUGAUUGAGACGAAGAGAGAUCGUAAAGUCAUCUUUCUUCCCGAAAUAUCCCUAUUCAGUUGUAUUGUCUUGACUUGCAGUAUGGACAAAGUGCAGGCGUUCGGAAAGAACCUUAGUGCGAGCUUUUCGCCUUUCGCUGCGCGCACGCAGCAGAUGAUCAAAGAGCAGUUGGGUCAAGCCGAAGACAAGACUCAACUUCCUGAUGAAUAUCUUGAGCUUGAGAAGCGCGUGGACGCUCUUAAGUUGGUCCACCAGAAGCUCCUUCAGGUGACCUCGCAGUACUCUAACGAGGCCUACGACUACCCACCCAACAUUCGCGAGUCAUUCAACGACCUGGGCCGGACCAUCGGUGAAAAGGUUCAGCUUUUAUCUCAAGCUUCUUCCCCUGCGGAGGCCCAGGCUGCCCUGACUGCCCCUCCUUCGGCCAAGCCUCAGCCUAAGACCUUCAACCAUGCCAUUGCCCGUGCCUCUCUGUCCGGAUCUCAGACUCUGGCGCAGAGCUCCACCGGCGAGGAUCCUCUGGCCACUGCCCUGGAGAAGUAUGCGCUAGCCUCGGAGAAAGUAGGUGAGGCCCGUCUGUCGCAGGAUGGACAGAUCCAGUCGCGCUUCCUCGCUGGGUGGAACACGACCCUCAACACCAACCUCCUGUUUGCGGCCAAGGCGCGCAGAAAUGUCGAGAACGCCCGUCUUAUGCUGGACUCGGUCAAGGCUAGCAAGAAGGCAGCUGCUAGGGGUGAUCUGGACAACCUGAGCGAGGAGGCCCGUCAGGAGAUCGAACAAGCCGAAGAUGAGUUCGUCAGCCAGACCGAGGAGGCUGUGAGCGUCAUGAAGAAUGUUCUGGACACUCCUGAGCCUUUGAGAAACCUGGCGGACUUGAUCGCCGCCCAGCUUGAGUUCCACAAGCGGGCUUAUGAAAUCCUCAGCGAGCUGGCUCCUGUGGUUGAUGGCUUACAGGUUGAACAAGAGGCUAGCUACCGCAAGAGUCGUGAGGGAGCUUAG